AACGUCAAACGUUUGUUUUCCUUUGCGGGUCACAUGGCGAUGGCAAAUUGUCAAUUCUAUUCCACGGAUAUCGGAAUGUCGUGAUAAAAAUUGCUUCUAACAACGUAUUUCGACAUUUACUUUUAUAUUUAACGAGCGCGAAUUUUAAUUGUAAAUAUUAGAGCCUUAUUGUGAGAAUCAGAAUACACGUUGCUGUUGAGUGCGGUAUGUUGAUCAAUAAUAUAUUUGCAUAAAAUCGAUUAAUGACCUAAAUUAUUAUAUUCCGCCUUAUAAAUGUUUACAAGAAAAAUACCCAUCAAAUUUGUGCUAAAACAAAUUGAGUGAUAGUCAAAUUGAAAUACGACAAGGCAUGAUAUUCAUGAAGAAUGGCUGAAAAUAUCGAGGAAAUUCACCAGUUUCUUUUGGAUCAUAAUUUGAAGAGUACUGCUGAAGCUUUAAUUCAAGAAGCUUCAAAAAUGGGCUUCCAAAAUUUGGAAUGCAAAUUAAGAGUCAAUACAAAUCCCUAUGCUCAACUAAUGCUAUAUUACAAUAUCGGAAAUUAUUCAGUAUUUUUCCAGUUGUGGAAUGACUUGUUUUCUGACAACACUAAACAGUGUGAAGAAUAUAAAAAGUUAACAUUUUAUUUACAUGUGCAUUUUGCUAUACUUCCUAAACGCAAAUUAAAUACCCAUCAAUAUGAAGAACACGAGCUAUCAUCAGAAAUAAGUGCAUUGAAAUUGUCUUCAAUGGAAGAAGAUCCUAUUUUGGAAAAAUGCAAGGAGAACAAUACAACUGAAAUCGAAAAAAAUAUAAAUAAUAGCAUGAAACAAUUGCAAGAUUACUUAAAUGGAGAUGGCAAGGAAUUAGAACACGAUACAGAAUUGCAAUCGUUGUAUGCACUACCGUUCAUAGAAGAUCUUCAUGCAAAUGAUUUUUUCUCCAAAAUAUUAGAACAAUCUUGGAUGGAUGAACUAUCAAAAAAUUUGAAUUUAUUUAUCACUAAUCAUAAACAAGAUUUGGUUGAUUUAAAUAAUGUGAACUCUAAUAAAACACAAUCGCAGACUUUUAUACAAGUUCCUACGACACAAAAUAAGAUUACAAAAAGUAAUACACCCAUCAUACCAAACGAUAGGGAUAUGCCUACAUAUAUAAUUCUAGAAGAUCAAGAUGACGAAGAGCAUUUUUCUCACAAAAUAAGUCGCAGUUUAAAAUCGAAGAGUACACAAACACACAUUACCGGAGACCAAAUUACGAUCAAUGAUUCGCGAAGAAGUAUAUUGAAUCCGGCAGAAAGUAUUGAUAGUUUACGAAAGGCGCACAAGCUAGACAAGAGACUAGUUCAAUGCAAUCAGGAAUUGGCAUUAACCAAAACUCAGCUAUGUAGCAUUUAUACAAAUUAUGAGAAACUGAAAGUGAGGUUUCACAGACUACACGCGGAUUAUCAUAAACUGGUAAACGUUGCCGAGGAAUUAACAACAGCAUUGGAGAAUUCGGUGAAAGGACAAGCUGUUGAUAUACAACAAACGCUCGAGAUUUGCAUGAAGAUAUUUCCAGAUUUGUUCAACCAAAAUAUAAGAGAGACUUCUUAUCCAUCCUUAUUACAACUCGAUCAUACCGAUGUAAAAACAAUUGCUCUGCCUAAGUUCGACAUCGCAGCAGUAUCGAUAUCUCCACAAUUAUUGGAUUAUAAAAAAAUCAAAUUACAUUUACUUAACGCAGAUGUGAAGACGAAGCUAUUGCUAUUACAGGCAUUACGUUGGAAAAUAACGCUCGCGCAACCGGCAGAACAGGACGAAGUCCUGCACGAAUAUAUAAAUCGCGAUUUGCUGGGACUUCAUGGACAAAUUGUUAGCGACAGUGGCAAGCUAGUCCUACCAUGCUUAUUGACUGCAGGAGAAGCUUACGCCAGACAUCUUUUACAGCAGUUUACUGCACGAUUGCUAAACACACUAGCAUCUUUUAGAUGUGGAAGAGAUUAUCUAUCAGUCGGAUCCACUGUCGUAAACGUGACCUUUGCUUGUCUCGAUAAUAAUUAUACUGACGGAAUGGACUCUUUCGCGUGUGAUAUGAUGAUAGCGAUGCUACAGAAACUCUCUCUACGUAGACAGCAACGGAUAUAUAUGAUAGAAAGUGGUUUGCUGGAAUGGUUAAUCAAUCACUUACAUGAUGAAUGUCGCAUCAUAAGUUUAUACAGACUCGAAUAUGCUACUGCGCUUUUAAUGAACCUGUCGUUACAUCGAUUAGCGCAAGCCAGAGCAUCUAAGAUAUCUUCUCUACUCGUCUCUACUUUACUCAUCCUUCUCUCGAUAGAUCACGCAGCUUCACUACCAUACAUCAAUGGAGCGCUGAAUAAUUUUUUGAGUAAUCCUAUAAUCAAUGAAGAAGCGAGGAAAAUGAAACAUUACAAUACAUCGGAUUAUUUUGAUAACAAUCAACAGACAACUGCAGAAAUGAGAAAGCAUCUAGAUCAUAUAUUGAAGAUGCAGAGGAGCGAUAACGUUAAUACACCGCAGAAUGACGAAACCGGAGAUGAUGAGAAUGAACUAUUGGAUAUAUUGGAAAAUGAAUUAGACGAAAAUGACCCAUUGCAAAAUUAUGUCGGUGAAUUGAACGGAGAAACGUUACUCGCAAUGUGUUAUAGCAUUUCUUUAAAAGCUUCUCAGGAUGUUAUACUCACAGAUAGAACUUUACAAAAUAUAUCUACAGUGGAUCCCAUCGAUUUUUAUGACAAUCAAUAUGAUAAUCAUCUAUGUAGUAAACAUCCAUCAUAUCCUGCGCUAAGGGAUAGCAGUGAAACCGCAUUGACAUCCUCUAUGACUCUUGUAUCCGGUCGCGAGAAUGGUCAGACAGAAAUGGAGAAAUUCAGCAGUAUAGCGUCGCUGAAUACUAAUAACCAUGAUAGCAAUAUAGUUAAAGAUGCUUCAUGGAAAAAUGACCCCGAAAUUGCUAAAGAGGAAGAGGCGUUCUUGGCCAAGCCUAAAUUAUCAAGAACACCUCCACAAAGACAUGAACAUUAUAUCGAAAAUUCUAAAUAAUAAGUGCAAUUAAAACGUUUUGUUAUCUAUAAAUUAGAAUUGUAAUAACUAAAUUAUUAUACAAUGCUUUUAGAAUUCUUACAGUGUUUAUCUUAAAUACUCAAAAUAAUUUU